AUGGCUGUGAUUGAUCAGGCUCCUGCGCAAUUCGAGUUCGCUACCUUCAACGGCAUCAAAGUCGGCGCUCAGCGUACCGCAUCGACCAAGGGCCCCUUUUUAUUCAUUAUCAAAACACCUACCUCCGGCACGUUGUCGCACUCAACCACCAGAAGUGCGGCAGCCAGCAUCAAUAGCCAUGCUCAACGGUAG